AUGGCUGAUGGAACUGCAGAUGAGCAAGCAGCGCUUGAAGAACUACACAAUGAUGUUUUCUCGGAAGUACCUCCGUCGAAUGAUGACGAGAUGCCGGAUACCCCAAAUUCGCCUUCCACACAAAAUCCGCCAAAUAAAGAUUAUAACUAUGUCGAUACCGAGCAAGUGAAACGUUAUACUUGUCCGUAUUGCACAAAGUCUUAUAUAAACACUCGCGAAUCGAUGUCACAUAUUGCCCCUAUUGAUAUGGAACAAGCGGAGGUUCUUAAAUGCCCUCAUUGUGAAGUCCCUUCCAUCAGAGAGAAACUAGAAUUCACGGAGGAAAUAAUAGAAGCAAGACUCAAAAAGAGCUACAUACCAAUUUCUACGGGAGCGAAACGUUAUUUAUGUCCGUAUUGCAAGAGGGAUUUCAAUACUACUUUCGAAACGAUGUGGACCAUCGUCCCUGAGUUGACCGAGCAAGGAGAACUUCUUACAUGUUUGUAUUGUCAAAAGUCUUCGCUGAGAACUACUUUGGAAUCUCAUUCCGAUACGAUGUUCCGCGAAUUUCCUCACAUUGCCAUCCCAGCCGAUGAAACUAGUUCUUCGAAUAGUAACAUUCAUAUUUCGCACCAAACAUCCUCCCCAGAUCAGGAUUUAACUGGCACACCAUCAUCACAAUUCUUGGAAGGGAUCGUUCACAUGCCAGCUUCUCAAAAUUCGCCUAAACAAGAACCAGCUUUCCAAACUAUUCUCGACCGACAACUAGCUAUCCAAAAUACCACUAAUCAAUACCCAGCAUUGGAAUUACCCCCUAAUCAACAAUUAGCUUUCCAACCUGACUCAAAUGAACAACUACUUUCUAACUCGAACUCCUAUCAACAACCAACUUAUCAAUCCGAGCUCUAUCAACAACCAGCUUUCCAAAUUACUCUCGAUCAACGAUCAGGUAUCCAAGAUAUCACUAAUCAAUACCCGGCUUUUCAAACUGCCUUUGAUCAACAGCCAACUUCUCAACCCAGUCUGAACCGACAAUCAAUUUCUCAAUUGAGUUUCAAUCAACAAUCAACUUUCUUACCCACCCAUCGUCAAAAACCAGUUUUCCAAUUUAAUCCCUCUCAGCAACCUAUGGCAUGCCCUACUCUCGAUCAACAACCACUAGCUGUUCGCCCUAAUUUCAAUCAACAGUCAACUUCUGACCCUAACACAGAUCAGCAACUGGCUUCCAACCCUUCUUCCCAAACCGAUCCACUUGAGUCACUUAAAUGCCAAAUUUGUGGCAUGGGAUUCUUUAACUCUCACAGGAGUCUGCAAUCACAUAAAGGCCAAGGCUGCAAAUUUCAUGUGCGCUAUUUCUGUCCGGAACGAAAUUGCGAUUUUAACCGAGAAAAACGUCUUGACUGGUUUACGGAGAAAUCAAAAUGGCGUAGACAUCUGAUAAACCAACAUAAUUUUUCAUUUAUUGCUGGUGUUUUUUAUACUUAUAAUGGUGAAGUAAGAGAUUUGCGUGAACCUACUGGAUGGCGUGCGUGUUGA